AUGACUGCCUCCGAACAAUCUUUGCGGUCCAUCGAGGACGACGUUCUACCCGAGACCUCGACACUUGGGAGAACGAUCUCCUGGUCCAGCGCCUACAUCCUCGUAAUAUCACGCGUCAUCGGUAGUGGGAUAUUUGUGACACCUGGCAUAAUCGUGAAGGCUGUUGGCAGCGUCGGUCUCAGUCUCUCGUUAUGGGUACUCGGCGCAGUCAUUGCAGCUUGUGGGCUUGCAGUCGCUCUCGAGUACGGGUGCAUGCUACCUCGAUCCGGAGGAGAGAAAGUGUAUUUGGAAUUCACCUAUCGGAAGCCUCGAUACCUGGCCAGUACACUCAUGGCUGUCAAUUGCAUCGUGUUCGCACAGUAUACCUUGUAUGCGUUCGACAUAGAAGCCACGGAUUUUCUCCGGAAGAGCCUUGCCGUGGGUCUGCUCACAGCAAUCACGAUUGUGCACGGAUGCUUCAGGAAGACAGGCAUCGCAAUGCAGAACAUUCUCGGCUGGGUCAAGAUUAGUCUGGUAGUGUUUAUGGUCUUCUCUGGACUCUGGGGUACGAUAUCCGCGGCGCUGUUCAAGGUAUUCUACUCCUAUGCAGGGCUGAACAAUGUAAGUAACGUACUGAACGAAGUCCGGAACCCCAUUCGAACACUGAAGUCCGUGUCGAUUACAGCACUCAUUACGGCGUGUGUCCUGUACUCUCUGGUCAACAUUGCAUAUUUCAUUGUCAUUCCCUUGGAUGAGAUCAAGGAAAGCAAAGAGCUUAUUGCAGCUCUGUUCUUCGAGAGGCUUUUCGGGGCUACGGUGGGCAAGGUCAUUCUCCCACUUGCAGUCGCGCUGUCAGGCGUUGGGAAUGUCAUGUUCGUUACUUUUGCAUUGGCUCGACUCAAUCAAGAAAUUGCACGACAGGGCUUUCUACCAUGGCCUGAACUACUGGCUUCUUCUAGGCCAUUCAACGCUCCUCUCGGUGGUCUUAUCGUCCACUACAUACCAUCGUUGCUGGUCAUUACUCUGCCACCCUCAGGCGAGGUGUACUCCUUCAUACUUGAAGUUGAAGGCUACCCUGGGCAGAUCUUCGCAUUGGCAACAUCAAUCGGUCUGCUCUGGCUCCGCCGAUCGAGACCGGAGCUCCAAAGGCCUUUCAGAGCCUGGCAUUCGGCUAUCGUUCUGCGUAUCGCCCUCUGCAUUGCGUUGCUUGCUGCUCCCUUCUUUCCACCAGAACACAAGAGAAACGCCGGCAUCUGGUACGCGACGUACGCUGUGGUUGGGACCAGCGUAAUUGCUUUUGGAAUUGUGUACUGGUAUGUAUGGCUGAAGCUUAUUCCUAACCUGAGAGGAUACCGUGUAGAGGAAAAAGCGACUACGGUGGGCGAUGGUACGAAAACCACCCAGCUGGUCCAUGUUGCGAUCUAG